AUGAAUGUAAAUAGGAUGUACUCGAAACAGAGCGACAUUAUGUAUUUGCAGUCGAGGAGGAAUGUCACCCAGUAUUAUGUGCUGUCACUACUUUCUGAUUUUAUAAAAACUAUGUUGCUUUUGUUUGAUAGGUUAGCGUUUUAUUUUACCAUUUCCAUUGCAUUGCUCAUGAUGCUUUUUGGCUAUGUAGGUGUCAUAUCAGAAAAGCCCAUUGCUCUACAUGGAAUGCUGUACAUAGGGACCGUUUAUUUGGACAUUUUGUUGAAUUUUUUAAUUGCCUUAGUUUUUAUUUCAAAUUUAGUUGGAAUGUCCAUGUGGAACGUGUCGUACAUGGCUAUAUUUAUUGAAGACCGUAAUUUUUAUUAUUCCAUUAUGAGCAUGAUUAUUGGCCUUAGUUUCCUUUCUAUUGUUUUUAAUAUAUGUGUCUUAUAUUACACGCAAAGAUUUAAAACGUUGGUAACGACUAUAGAAAACGAAGCCAAAAAUGCAGGAACAAAUGAUAGGUCACAUGUAAGGUCCAAUUUAAGUUCAUCUACCAAAGGGAGCAACAGUGCACGAGGAAAUGCGAACAUAAGGGUAAAUGUCCAAGGAAAUAUUGAUACAAUCGGGAAAACGCACACAAAGCGGAAGAUCUAUAUCCACGGGAAUGUGUUCUCCCCAGGAAGGGUACCCAUAGGAGGGAAUUCCCCCAGAGAAGGAAACGCGCUCGCACCAUGGAAUGCGCCGUCAAACGGAAAUGGGAACAAAAGCGGAAAGACACAAAGACUUGGAAGCAUAAGCAGAAAAGAAAAGGAAAAAUCAACAACGAGUGGGGAAAAAAUAAGCAUUACGAUUGAUGAGAACAAUGGACUAAGAGGCAAACCUUUGGGGGGCGCAUACACAUUUGGAAAGACAUCCUUUAAUGUUUCCAAGAUGGUAUCUGCCCUGGAUGGAGAGACUAAAAUAAACGAUAUGCUAGAAGAUAAUGCAAAGAAAAAACUGAACAUGGAAAAAAAAAUUACACCUGGAUUAGACAAGGAGCAACAAAGCCUUGAGUCGAGGAAGAAUAAAUUUGUCAAUGGUGAUACUGCCCCAAUGAAAGUAGAAAUUAUCAAAGAAGAAGUAAAAUAA